CCUUUCCAGGCUGCCUCUGGUUCAGGAAUUUGACAUCUUUGGGAAUUUCUCUGGGAGAAGACCUAGAUGGCUUUUUGAGCCCUCUGGGAUUCUGGGGGUGAAAGGCUAUGGAUGGGGACCAGACAGUGGUCCCCUGAGGCACGCCUGAGGGGCUGGGGAGUGACACUGAGUAACCCUUCAGCAGGCUGGCUGCCCUGGGGCAGCCAAUGGACUCUCAGGUAUAUGGUACCCUCCUUUCCCCUACUCCGUCCUAUCCCACUGCCCUGUCCAGCCAUCUGGGAGGUUUGGGGAAUGCUAAGGAACCCGAGACAGUGGAUGCCUGGAUUGCUGGGAGGUGUCGUUGCAGCAGGAUGGGCUGCUAGGGGUAGAGGGUGCUGAGUUCUCGCCUCCCUUUGCCCGUUCUCUUCUCUGGGCCUAGGGUAGUAGCUGGAACUGGAAAGGAGAGGAAGGCAUCCCACCCCAGCUUAGUUUCUUCCGACUGGAAAUCUUGGCAGCUUGGGAGGUAGAGGGCUGGGAAACAGUGGAAGAGAAGAGGUCAGGUAUCACAUCUGCUGGGGCUGAGAUUCUCUAGUCACUGGCCCCCGAAGGACUGGAGUUGGGGGGUCUAGUGACCAAGUGACAGGAUGGCAGAAACUUGUCCCUCUCUCCCUUGUUCCAUGCACCUGUUUGAGUCAUGUAUGCCCCCAGGAGACUGAACCUUACUGUGAUCAAAACUGGCCCCCCACCUACCCCGUUCACUCUCCCUCCGCACCUCUCUCCCCAGCCCCUUUUCCCUCCAGGCUAUUUCUUUCUCUCACUUCUGUGUACCUCUCCCUCCUUGGGGAUUCUUCCUAACCUUUCUGAAUAGGCUGCUCAUCUGCCUUACCACACCCCAAGUUUUACUGAUCCCUCCCCAUCCUUUCCCUGCCUCUAUUGACACCUGGAGAGGAGGGGUUGUCUAGUAAGCCUCAGUACACGGUCCCAGACAAACAACAACAACAGCGUCCCAGAGGCGAGCCCUUUCUCUGUCUCUCCCCCUUGUCAAGGUGUUAUAGAGCCCUGGGCUGCCGAUGAGGCCAAAUAUCUUCCUUUCCCCAGCAUCCCUCCCCAAAUGGUCCUCAUUCUGUAUCCUGAAACAUAAAGCUCCCAUGUCAUUCUGUGUGUAUUCAGGGAUUGUUGUAAGAUCUUUCCGGGUAAUCCCAUCAGGAUGAGAGUAAAGAGGGUGGGUUAGAGUCUCUGGAGAUGGUGUCCGUCCUACCUGAUGUGCAAUGUUGGGGAGCAAGAUGUCUGUGUGAACUCAAAGUGUGGGCUAAACUGGAAAGUGGGAACCGUCUGUUGUAAAAGAAAAGGGACACAGGGAGGCAUGUUCCACUUUCCCAGUAUCUCUCCAGCUUCUGUACCCUCUGUGAUGUUCUAUUUGAUCCAAUUCUGACUAUACCCUCAUACCUCUGGCUGCCAGCCCCCUGGCCCGUCUUCAGGAUGGGAGACUCCUAAGACCUGUUGAAGGUAGACUUCCUGACCUUGCCUGUUGUAUAGACCACCACCCAUCUCUGAGUGUCUAGGGAAAAACAGACUACGCCUUUCUGGCCUGGUGCAAACUUGCCACUGCACCAGGGAGCUGGUUGCAUUUGAACCUGAGGCUCUCCUUAACUGCCUCUUUCCUAGCCUCCCACCUCCCCCAGCAGCCCUUCUGGAUUCUCAUUUCCCUGUCCCAGGGAGAGGGGAAGAUUAAAUUCCUGGUCUUUAUGAGGAGGGGCUGAUAUCUAGUCUCAGAGACUAGGGCAGCCUAGAACCCAGCCUUGCCUGGGUCAAGGGUGUGAAGCUAGGAGAAGUCUGGAGAUUACUUGCCAGGUGCUCUUCUGCCUUUGCAUUCUUUUAAGUCCAUAUGGUUGGACCAGUUUAGUAGUUUUCAAAGUAGGGUGGGCCUCUGGCAUCAAAAACACCAGGCCACUUGUUAAAAUGCUGAUUGCGGGGUACCUGCGCCUAUGAAUUCAAUUCGAUAGGUCCAGGGUGGCUUUCAGAAUUCUGUAUUUUCACAAGCACCCCAGGUGAAGGCAGGCCACAGUAAAGUUUGUGACUGCCUGAGCCAGAUGCAAUCUACUGCAAGGAGGUUCUCCAAGUCUGUCCCCAUUUAAUAGGAGAGUCUGAGUAAGAAGCGAUUUGCCCUAGAUCAUGCAUCUGGAAGGCUAGAGAACCUGGUCUCCUGCCUCCUAGGACAGGAUCUUUGUACUGCACCUAAGAGUCAGAUCCGGGAAACUAUGAGGGACAAAAUGGGAUGUGUGUGUGUGUGUGUGUGUGUGUGUGUGUGAGAAGGACUGUGAGGCAAGAGUCAUCGUCCCUGCCCCCUAAACCCCUUCUCCAUUCACUUUGCCUUUGGGCAAUUUCCGCCAGAACCUGGGUGGGGGAAGGUGGGGUUCCGGUGUUGAAAUGGCAUCCUGGACAGACAUAAACACCCCACCCUCUGCCCACUUGCCAAGGGCCUGUGCCUAUACCAACUCCCAGCUCUGGGGAUGGCAAUAUAACAAGGGUUAGGGUUAGGGUUAGGGUUAGGGGGCAGGGGCUAGGGGAGAUCCUCCUUUGAAAGGACAAUUUAAAGUUCUCACCAAUUUUGUGGUGAGUCAAAGAGUGGAUCCCAUAUUAAAUAGCUGUGAUAGGCCAACCUUGUGGUGAUCUAAGGUCACCCAGUCCUAUGCUCUGUCCUUCUAUAAGUCUCCCUCACCCACCCAGCCUGCCUGCCCUCACUUACAUGGCAAAGGUAGGGUGUGGUGUCUGGCCCUAAGAGAUCAGGAGGUCCCUGUCACAUCUACUUGAAGUCUCUUGCCGAAGGCAGGGAGAACAGAUGAGGGUGAGAUGGGUGUCAGGGAAUAGGGAGGUGGGAUGAGGAGAGAGGUUGACAGAGAGGAGAAGAUGAAGGUGGGGUGAGGGGUUACUGAGAAUGUUGAGCUAUCCAAGCAGAGAGGGACCUCCAAGUUCAACUUGUCUCACUCCCUGGUUUUACAAAUGAGGAAACAGAGGCUCAGAGAAAUGUGAUGGCUUGCCCAACAUCAUGCUGCUGCCCUGUGGCAGAGCUGCAGCUGGAGCCCAGAUCCAAAGAAAGGGGGCUGGAGGGAAGUGUGUAUUCAAGCCUCUAAAGAAAUAUUCCUUAGAAGAGAAAAGAGACUGAGAUUCAGAACUUCUCUGGUGGCGCAGUGGCUAAGAAUCCACCUGCCAAUGCGGGGGACGUGGGUUCGAGCCCUGAUCGGGGAAGAUCCCACAUGCUGCGGAGCACCUAAGCCCGUGAGCCACAACUACUGAAGCCCGUGCGCCUAGAGCCCAUGCUCUGCAACAAGAGAAGCCACUGCAGUGAGAAGCCCGUGCACUGCCAAUGAAGAGUAGGCCCCGCUCGCCGCAACCAAAGAAAGCCCGUGCGCAGCAACGAAGACCCAGUGCAGCCAAAAAUAAAUUAAAAAAAAAAAAAAAAGAGUCUGAGAUUCCACAGAAAGAGUUGACUGAUGUCGACCGCCAAUAGAGUCUCGGCGAAUGGAGGAGACAUGGGAGCAGGAUUGGGAAGGCGCCUGGAAGGUGGGAUGGGCUAGUGGAGUCGGCAACUCUAGGUACCAGACCUGACUCUGCUAUUUAUCAGCCUGAGUCUCAACUUCUGAAUGGAACUUACAGGAUCUUUGUGGAAAUCAAUCUCAUAAACGAGUGCUUAUAAACCACCAGCUCGGUUCUAGACAAAUGCCAAAUAAGUCUUUGCUGUGGUUAUUAUAUGACCUCAGGAGAGAAAAGACCCCUGGUUGUAUGGAGUGGGGUAUAGCCAGGAUGACCCUGUGGGACACAGGGCAGAGGUCCAGUGUCUCCCGAGACCAUUCCUCCUCUGCUGCCUGCUGCUGAUAAACCUCUUAUCUGGCCCAGGCAGGGGAGCCCAGGGCCAGGAUAGGAGGAGAGGGCAGGGCUGCUAUCAGUCACCAGGCCUGGGCCAUAUCUUAGAGAAGGGGAGGGGCUGUCUGCUUGGCUCUUCCCACAACACACUCCUUGGGGAUCCCCAAGCACUCGCUCUCAUCUUGGAAAGAAAAGACUGAGAUCCUAAAAGUGAGGGCAGAGGAGGAGAGCAGGAGUGAUCCCUGAUGUUGCUGCAGGAAACAGGAAAAAUAAAAAACACUGGAUGAUGUGACUUUUGUCCUGGCCAGUGAUACAGUUUUGAGGAGUAAGAAGUAGGGGAAAGUGAAGGCAUCUUGUCCGAAAAGAAGAUAAAAACCUACUGUGCUCCCAAAGGAACUGCCUACAGCCAUAGCGGACUGCUGGGACCAUUUGGGCUUUCGGGACCUUGGACCAGGCCCUGGCCCAGUAGGAUGCCCCCGUGUCCUCCCCAGCAGAGCAGGAACAGGGUGACACAGUUGCCCACUCUGGAGCUGGGUGAGAUGGAAUUGACUUGGCAAGAGAUCAUGUCCAUCACUGAGCUGCAGGGCCUAAACGCUCCAAGUGAGCCAUCCUUCCAGCCGCCAGCCCCAUACCCUGGGCCCCCGCCGCCUCCAAGUUACUGCCCCUGUUCAAUCCACCCGGAGGCUGGCUUUCCCCUUUCUUCACCACCUUAUGAGCUCCCAGCACCCACAUCUCAUGUCCCAGACCCCCCAUACGCCUAUGGCAACAUGACCGUACCAGCCUCCAAGCCGCUGACCCUCUCGGGCCUGCUCAGUGAGCCCCUCCCAGACCCCUUGGCCCUCCUGGACAUUGGGCUGUCAGCGGGGCCAUCCAAGCCCCAGGAAGACCCAGAAUCCGACUCAGGAUUAUCCCUCAACUACAGUGACGCUGAAUCUCUUGAGCUGGAGGGGACGGAGGCUGGUCGGCGUCGCAGCGAGUACGUAGAGAUGUACCCAGUGGAGUACCCCUACUCACUAAUGCCCAACUCCUUGGCCCACCCCAACUAUGCCUUGCCACCUGCCGAGACCCCCUUAGCCUUAGAGCCCUCCUCGGGCCCCGUGCGGGCCAAGCCCACUGCACGGGGGGAGGCGGGGAGUCGGGAUGAGCGUCGAGCCCUGGCCAUGAAGAUCCCCUUCCCUACGGACAAGAUCGUCAACUUGCCAGUAGAUGACUUCAACGAGCUGUUGGCACGGUACCCGCUGACGGAGAGCCAGCUGGCACUAGUCCGGGACAUUCGAAGGCGGGGCAAGAACAAGGUGGCCGCCCAGAACUGUCGCAAAAGAAAGCUGGAGACCAUCGUGCAGCUGGAGCGGGAACUGGAGCGGCUGGGCAGUGAGCGGGAGCGCCUCCUCCGGGCCCGAGGCGAGGCCGACCGGACCCUGGAGGUCCUGCGCCAACAGCUGACGGAGCUGUAUCGUGACAUUUUCCAGCACCUGCGGGAUGAGGCAGGCAACAGCUACUCCCCUGAAGAGUAUGCAUUGCACCAGGCUGCUGAUGGCGCCAUCUUCCUGGUGCCCCGGGGGACCAAGAUGGAGGCCACAGACUGAGCUGGCCGGAGGGUUGGGGCUGGUGAUGGAGGUUUCCUUCAUUCUCUUCUGAUAAAGGUGCUCCCCAACCGUGAGGCCCAGAAGGAGCUGAGUUCUGUAGACCAGGAGGGACCACAGUGGGAAACCUGGCAUUUGGAAGGUCCAAGGUGUGUUCAGUGAGGCUUGCCCGGAGGCGAGGACGCGAGGGGAGGGCUGGAAUCUCUCUUCCGUGAUUCCGUUUCCCAGGUCUCCAAUCUCUUGUCUGAGCUUUGGUAUAUAAAGCACUCUACAGAAACAG